AUGGCAUCAUCAGGGGUAAUCUCAUCUGAAAUAACUAUUAAUGAUCAUAGUGAUGAUAGUAGUGCUGAUGAAGAAGAAGUUCGUUCAUCAUCAAAAACACGUACAGCAUAUUCAUGCAUUCAGAUUAUCAAAGAAAAUCAUCGUCAACAAAUUUAUGCAGUAGAAGUUAAUAAUCAAGUACAAUAUCCAAAUGGGUUUCUAUUUGCUAGUGUUGGAGCAAAUUCUAUUCAAAUCUAUAAAUUUGAUACGAAUACAAAUAAAACUCAAUUAGUUCAUGCUUAUCUUGAUCCUGAUGCUAAUGAAGAAUAUUUCGCAUGUGCAUGGACAAUGAUCGAUGAUAAAACUGAAGAUUCACCAAAAAUUCUUUUAGCUGCUGGUGGAGAACGAGGUGUCGUGCGUAUACUUGAUGUUCAUCGAAAAUCACAACAUACUGCACUUUUACAAACUGGUGCUAUCAAUCAUUUAACAUUUGCUAAAGCUAAACCUAACCUUUUAUGUACAGCAAGCAAAAAUUUUACGAUAACACUUUGGGAUGUUCUUUCAUCUAUGUGUCUUGUUGUAUUUCAUGGACCAAAUGGUCAUACUGAUCAAGUACUUUGUGUGGAUAUUAAUGAUCAAUGUACAAUGCUUGCUUCAGCUAGUAUGGAUCGAUCAGUAUUUGUAUGGUCAUUAACAAGUGAUAAAAUUCGAGAACAAAUUGAUCUAGCUGAAAAUCCAAUUCAUGAACAGAAACGACGAUUAAUAAAAGCAUAUCCAGUAGCUUUUGCUGAUAUUGAAGCAAAAGCUAAAACACUUCAUUCACAUUAUGUCGAUAAUGUACAAUGGUAUGGUGAUGUAUUACUUUCACGAUCUGCAGAUAAUACAUUUUGUUUAUGGCAACCAAUUCUUGGUAGUACUACAAAAGCAUCAUCAUUUAAAUUACUUCUCAAAUGGGUAGUAAAUGAAAAAGAAUAUAUUUGGUUUCUAAAAUUUGAUAUUUGUCGUGCUAGUCAAUUACUUGCUAUUGGUACAUUAGAUGGUCAAAUUCAAGUAUGGGAUCUACGUCAUCAUAUGCAUAAUCCAUCUGUUGAUUUUGUUAAAUUAAAAAAUCCAAAUUCAAAAGCUAAAAUCAGUCGUGUAUCUUUCAAUUAUGAUGGUUCAAUAUUAGUAGCUUGUUCCGAUGAUAGUCGUAUCUUUAUUUGGAAACGUAAAUGA